AAAAUUUAAGAACAAAGGCCAAGCCAGUCCUAUCAAAAUUUCUCAAAAUCAAAAACUAAAAUUUGGUAAACUGAAAAAUUUAGGUUAAUGGCUUUCCUGCUUUUUCGAAUAGCCCUCGUGGCCGGGACGGUCUAUGCAACCCAGGAGCUGGGGAUCUGGGACAGCGCUGAUCACACGGUGAUCCUCUUUGAGAAUGCCAAGCGGGAGAUCCAGCCGUUUGCCAAAGACCUAAUGCAUAGAUUCUGCAGCUGGCGUUGCGAUAAGGACUGCGAGGAUAAACAAACGGAGGUCAAGCCCUGGCGGGAGUCCAUGGUUGAUGCCUGGAACGAGACGGUGAAGCGGAGCUUCUGUGUCUUGGGCGUCAAGCUGCCCUCUUACUACCACCGCUUCUCGGAAGACUUUGCGCAGGGCUUAGACGAUAUGGUCAGCAGCCCAGAAAAUCAUUAGUUUUAGAAAAGCUUCAAUAAAGCAAAGCCUAGAAUAACAAUCGGGAAUAUUAUUCUUUUUUAUGGCUUCAAUUUCCCAGAAAAAUAAAAUAUAAUAAUGCCGCCA